CCCACCUCCCGGUCCGGUGUCCCCCCGAAGAGAAGGGUAAUAAUGGAGGAUGAGGAUGACGUGGCGGCCACUGCCGACCGCCUGGCGGGCCCCGCCGUUGACGAGCUCUUGGCUUCCACGGUGUCCACGGACAUGAACAGGUUGCGUUCCUGGGAGCAGGACCAGGAUGGGUCUUUGGAGGAGGGGGUUGUGAUUAACGCCCAAAAGAAUAACAGCGAGUCGGGGAUUGACAGCACGGCUUCCAGCACCACGAGGAGGUUCACCUCCAGGUUUGCAGCGAAUAUCCAGGAGCCGGAAUACAGGCUGACCACGAGCCUGCCGCCCAGCAGCUGGAGGUCUACUGAGCACCAGCCGCUGUACGACACCAGCCUGACCCGCUGGUCAACAGCAGGUUCCAGCCCCAGGCGCUGGUCUCGCAUCUCACCCUCAUCCAUGCCACCUCCCGAGGACCUGCGGCUGGUGCUGAUGCCCUGGGGCCCGUGGCACUGCCACUGCAAGUCGGGCACCAUGAGCAGGACCCGGGCCGGGAGGCUGCAGGGCCUUUCUGGGCGCCUUCGAGUUGGGGCGCUGAGCCAACUCCGCACAGAGCACCGGCCUUGCACCUACCAGCAGUGUCGCUGUGAUCGGCGUCUUGAGGAGUGCCCCCUGGACACGGCCCUCUGGUCUGAAACUCAGACCACCACCACCACCACCACCACCACCACCACCCCCAUGCCCACCCCCAGCACCAGACUCAUCCCCAGCCCAGCGCUUAUGUUUUGGAGGCAGGUCAGGGCUGGGCUGGAGGAUAUUUGGAACAGCCUCUCUUCAGUGUUCACCAAGAUGCAACCGAUAGACAGAAACCGGAGGUAAUGGCCACUUGAUCUGCAAGAAGAGGUGUCAGCAUCUCAACCUCUCCUCCCCUUUCAAUCCCAGCACCCACUGGGUAUUUUUAGUACAGAAAAACAAAACUAGAAAAAAAAAUUGUUUAGUCUUGUGUCUUUUUACAGAGGUAUCUGAAGGAGGAGAGACCAAAAAUUUUGUGAAACUGAACUGGGUAGCUAGCAGCAUCUGGCUUGGGCUUCUCCUGUCCCCCAGGAUAAAAUGGUUGUUGUUCAUCUUCCUUAUUUCCAGAGUUUUUUUUUUAAACAAGUACUUCUUUUGAAAAAUCUCAGAUGAAUGCCCAGCAGGAGUUGAGCCCUUAGAUGAUGGUGGUCUUGCCUUCACAAUACUUAGCCUUCUUU